AAGGUCGGGGCCAUGGGCCCGCGCUGCGCCUCCAGAGGGUCCGGCCACUGCUGGAAUCCGCGGCCUGGGCUGGGGUCGCUCGGGGCUCCGACCCGCGGCCCGUCGGCCCCCGCCCGUACCGGGUGAGGGGCGUCCACCCUAGACUAGAGGAGCCGCGGAGGCCGCGCGCGGCCGGCCGAGCGCUUUCAGGAUGCUCAUCAAGGAAUACCACAUCCUGCUGCCCAUGAGCCUGGACGAAUACCAGGUGGCCCAGCUCUACAUGAUCCAGAAAAAGAGCCGAGAGGAGUCGAGUGGCGAGGGCAGUGGCGUGGAGAUCCUGGCCAACCGGCCCUACACGGAUGGGCCGGGUGGCAGUGGACAGUACACGCACAAGGUAUACCACGUGGGCUCCCACAUCCCAGGCUGGUUCCGGGCACUGCUGCCCAAGGCCGCCCUGCAGGUGGAGGAGGAAUCCUGGAAUGCUUAUCCCUACACCCGAACCCGGUACACCUGCCCCUUUGUGGAGAAAUUCUCCAUUGAAAUUGAGACCUAUUACCUGCCUGAUGGGGGGCAGCAGCCCAAUGUCUUCAACCUGAGUGGGGCUGAGCGGAGACAGCGCAUCUUGGAUACCAUCGAUAUUGUGCGGGAUGCUGUGGCCCCAGGCGAGUACAAAGCAGAAGAGGACCCCCGGCUGUACCGCUCGGCCAAGACAGGCCGAGGACCGCUGGGUGAUGACUGGGCGCGCACAGCAGCCCAGACCGGGCCCCUCAUGUGCGCCUACAAGCUGUGCAAGGUCGAGUUCCGCUACUGGGGCAUGCAGGCCAAGAUCGAGCAGUUCAUCCACGAUGUCGGUCUGCGCCGGGUGAUGCUGCGGGCCCACCGACAGGCCUGGUGCUGGCAGGACGAGUGGACAGAGCUGAGCAUGGCUGACAUCCGGGCACUGGAGGAGGAGACUGCCCGCAUGCUGGCACAGCGCAUGGCCAAGUGCAACACAGGCAGCGAGAGCCCCGAGGCCCAGCCCCCGGGGAAGCCGAGCUCCGAGGCCCGCGCCGGGGCCAGCCACGCCGGCACCCCCGGUGGGCCCGAGCCCCCGCCAGGCCCCGAUGCCUCGCCCGAUGCCAGCUUCAGCAAGCAGUGGUCUUCAUCCUCCCGUUCCUCCUAUUCGUCCCAGCAUGGGGGGGGUGUGUCUCCCCAGACUUUGUCUGAGUGGCGCAUGCAGAACAUUGCCCGGGACUCUGAGAACAGCUCCGAGGAGGAGUUCUUUGAUGCCCACGAAGGCUUCUCGGACAGUGACGAAGUCUUCCCCAAGGAGAUGACCAAGUGGAACUCCAAUGACUUCAUCGACGCCUUUGCCUCCCCCAUGGAGGCUGAGGGGACACCAGGCACAUGGGACAGGACAGGAUCAGAAGGAAUCUUCCAGGCAAACGGGCAUUGUGGGGAGAGGCGUCUCUGGGAACAGCAGGGACUGGCUGGCCUGUGCAAAGACCCUGGAACCGAGGGCACCAAAGACCCAGGGGACGGGGCCCGGGCACCCAGGGACUCGGAAGGUCAAGAUGGAGACAGUGCCGGGGAGCUGGGGGCAGAGGCGUGCGCGGUCCACGCCCUCUUCCUCGUCCUGCACAGUGGCAGCAUCCUAGACUCAGGCCCGGGAGAUGCCGACUCCAAGCGGGCAGAUGUGCAGACGCUGAGCCUAGCCUUCGAGGCCGUCACCCGCGUCCACUUUCCCGAGGCCCUGGGCCACGUGGCGCUGCGCCUGGUGCCCUGCCCACCCAUCUGUGCGGCUGCCUAUGCCCUCGUCUCCAACCUGAGCCCCUACAGCCAUGAUGGUGACGGCCUGUCCCGCUCCCAGGACCACAUUCCCCUGGCCGCCUUGCCGCUGCUGGCCACCUCAUCCUCCCGAUACCAGGGCGCCGUGGCCACAGUCAUCGCCCGCACCAACCAGGCCUAUGCGGCCUUCCUGCGCUCCUCUGAGGGUGCCGGCUUCUGCGGGCAGGUGGUGCUGAUCGGAGACGGCGUCGGCGGAAUCCUGGGCUUUGAUGCACUCUGCCACAGUGCCAGCGUGGGCACCGGGAGCCGGAGCAGCAGCCGCCGUGGAAGUAUGAACAAUGAGCUGCUCUCCCCUGAGGCGGGCCCAACGCGGGAUCCCCUGGCAGAGGGGCCUGAGGGCCUGGGCCGGGCCAGCCCAGAAACCUCUACCCUGCCCACCCAGCGCACCCCCAGUGACAUGGCUGGUCCCGAGCCCAAGGGCUCUCAAAACAGCCUGCAGGCAGCCCCCCCAGCCACCUCCUCCGGGGAGCCCCGGCGGGCGAGCACAGCCUCCUGCCCACCCACUGCCACCUCUGAGGCUCCUGACGGUGCCCCCUGUGCCGCCCGCCUUGACUUCAAGGUCUCCGGCUUCUUCCUCUUCGGCUCCCCGCUCGGCCUGGUGCUGGCUCUGCGCAAAACUGUGAUGCCCACGUUGGAGGUGGCCCAGAUGCAGCCAGCCUGCGAGCAGAUCUACAACCUCUUCCACGCGGCCGACCCCUGCGCCUCCCGCCUUGAGCCCCUGCUGGCCCCCAAGUUCCAGGCCAUCGCUCCCCUGGCGGUGCCCCGCUACCAGAAGUUCCCUCUGGGAGAUGGCUCGUCUCUGCUGCUGGCCGAUACUCUGCAGACCCACUCAGGCCUCUUUCUGGAGGAGCUGGAGAUGUUGGUGCCCUCAACACCCACGUCUGCCAGUGGUGCUUUCUGGAAGGGCAGUGAGUUGGGUGGUGACCCACCAGCCCAGCCAACUGCCCCCAGCACCACUAGUGAGGUGGUUAAGAUCUUGGAGCGCUGGUGGGGGACCAAGCGGAUUGACUACUCGCUGUACUGCCCGGAGGCGCUCACCGCCUUCCCCACCGUCACGCUGCCCCACCUCUUCCACGCCAGCUACUGGGAAUCGGCCGACGUGGUGGCCUUCAUCCUGCGACAGGUGAUCGAGAAGGAGCGGCCACACCUGACCGAGUGCGAGGAGCCGUCCAUCUACAGCCCGGCCUUCCCCAGGGAGAAGUGGCAGCGCAAACGCACCCAAGUCAAGAUUCGGAACGUCACCUCCAACCACCGGGCGAGCGACACGGUGGUGUGCGAGGGCCGCCCCCAGGUGCUGAACGGGCGCUUCAUGUACGGACCCUUGGAUGUGGUCACGCUCACGGGAGAGAAGGUGGACAUCUACAUCAUGACGCAGCCGCUGUCGGGCAAGUGGAUCCACUUUGGCACCGAGGUCACCAACAGCUCGGGCCGUCUCACCUUCCCGGUGCCCCUAGAGCGUGCGCUGGGCGUCGGCGUUUACCCCGUGCGCAUGGUGGUCAGGGGCGACCACACCUACGCCGAAUGCUGCCUAACGGUGGUGGCCCGCGGCACUGAGGCCGUGGUCUUCAGUAUCGACGGCUCCUUCACCGCCAGUGUGUCCAUCAUGGGCAGCGACCCCAAGGUGCGCGCCGGCGCCGUGGACGUGGUCAGGCACUGGCAGGACGCGGGCUACCUGAUCGUGUACGUGACGGGCCGUCCUGAUAUGCAGAAGCACCGCGUGGUAGCCUGGCUGUCGCAGCACAACUUCCCCCACGGCGUCGUCUCCUUCUGCGAUGGCCUUACUCACGACCCGCUGCGCCAGAAGGCGAUGUUCCUCCAGAGCCUGGUGCAGGAGGUGGAACUGAACUUCGUGGCCGGCUACGGGUCCCCCAAAGACGUGGCCGUGUAUGCGGCGCUGGGCCUGCCCCCCAGCCAGACCUACAUCGUGGGCCGCGCGGUGCGGAAGCUGCAGGCGCAGUGUCAGUUCCUGUCCGAUGGCUACGUGGCCCACCUGGGCCAGCUGGAGGCCGGCUCCCACCCUCAUGCCACCACGGGACCCUCAAGGGCCGCCCUGGCCAAGAGCAGCUAUGGUGGGGCUGCCCCUGUGGACUUUCUCCGGAAGCAGAGCCAGCUGCUCCGCUCGAGGGGCCCCAGCCAGGUGGAACGGGAGGGCCCAGGGACUCCACCCACCACCCUGGCGCGGGGCAAGGCGCGGAGCAUCAGCCUCAAGCUGGACAGCGAAGAGUGAGGCCCCAACUGUGGCUGGGCUUGGGUUAUUUAUUCAUAUACUUGUGGAGCCCCAGGGGCCGCCUGUGGAAGGCUGGGCCCACGCCUGCAUCCGUUUGCCCUCAGGGUUAGUUCCCUUUCAUGCUGGGGGACCCAGCCCUGGGGGCUGGAGGAGGGAGCAGCAAAGGUCCAGAGGCUUUUCCAGCGUGUGUAACUCCACGGAAAUAAAC